AUGGCAAAGUUGGAAAAGGCUGCAAAUGAUCUCGAUUUUUACAAAAAUCGUGAUGAAACUCAUCCAUAGAACCUUAAUUAUGAACCUCCUGUUGAAGAUUUCUAUGGGCCAGUGGCUACAGAAUUGAGAUCUUGUACAGAUCUUAUAUGCAUAUUUAUUUGGAUUAUAUUUUUGGGGUUUUCAUUUGCUUAUGGUUUUUAUGGUAAAACUAGUUGCAAAAUAUAUAAUAGCAUACUAAGAAUUUAAAUUAGAAAGGCUCUAUCGGAGUUCCGAUUUUAGAACUGACUUAUGUGGAAUUAAAUAAUUAGAGAAUAAACCUUUUGCUUAUUUCCUUGAUCCAGAUAAUUUAUUUGAUAUAGCAAUUUGUGUAGAAAAAUGUCCGAAUGCUUUAGACUAUGUAAAUAAAAAAAAUAAAAAAUAGACUUAAUAAAUUUGUUUAUAUGAUAUUGAUGGAUAAACUAUUUUGGAAGAUUAUUGUUAUGAUACAUACUAUACUGAUCCUUACAUUGUUUAUUGUAUGCCUUUAGAAUUAGGAUAAAGAAGAAAUGCAAUUGAAAAGAUUAUAAAUAGUGAUAUGUAAAUUUUUAAAAGAAUAGCUGGUGAUUUUUGGAUAGUAUAAAAUAUAUAUAUAUAUAAAUUAGAAUAUAGAAUUAAUAAUAGGAGCAUUUGCUGUUUAAAUAGUAGUAGGAAUAAUUUUUGUCAUUAUAUUGUUAGGAAAGAGUAUGAUUUGAAAAUAAAUUAGGAAUUGCUCAUAUGAUGUUAUGGGGUUUUGUAACAGGAUUUUGUGUUGCUAUGGUAUUUUUGUCUAAAUAUUUGGAUGAAGAAAAAUAAAAAGUUAUUUAAAGAGAUUGUCCUGUUGAUAUUUAGGAUCCUUAUUAAUGUGUGGCAGCACAUCUAUAUUUAUUAGAAAUUAUAAAGUAAGCUUUAUUAUACUUAAUUCCUGUAUAUGUAUUCUUCUUAAUUUACUGUUUUCAUUAAAUUUUAAGAAUGAUUUAAGUCAUGGAAAGAAUGCUUAAGCCUUUAAGGUAAAUGCUACAUGUAUUAAUAAUUCCAUUAGUUAUAUCAUUAUUACAAUCUGCAUUAGCAAUCCUAUUUAUUUUAGUCUUAAUAGGAGGUAUAAAUUCUGGAACACCAGAAACUGUUCCAGCUCCUGUUGGCUUUUCCAGUACUUCAUAUAGAAAAGUAGUGUUUUAGGUGUGGUAAGAGAGAGGAUUUUAUGUUGUAUUAUUUUUUAUGCUUUGGACAUUAUAAGCAUUUUAUUAUUAUGUUCGAUGUUAUAUUGCUUGCUGUUGUUCAGUCUGGUAUUUCAGUAGAGAUAAAAAUUAUUUAAAUGCUCCAAUGUUAAGACCUCUUUGGUACACUAUUAGGUAUCAUAUGGGAAGUUUUUUGAUGGGAGCAUUAUUGGUUCCUAUUUUCUGGAUUCCAAAUGCUUUGUUUUAUUAUUGGAAAUCUAUGUUAUUAUCUAUGUCAAGAAAAAGCUUUCUUUUGCACAUUUUAUUGUUUUUUUCAAUUCCAGGAUUUUGGUUUUAUGAAUAUGCAGGAAAAUAUAUUAGUCAUAGGAAUUUUAUGCAUAUAGCUAUUUUUGGAGAAAGUUUUUGGUUGGCAGGACAAAAAGUAUUUUAUUUAAGAGAAAGAAAUUCCUCAAGAAUAGAAAUGAUUAAGAGAACUCUUGGGUUUGUAAGGCUAAUAGGAAUGUUAUUUAUAUCAUCAGUAGGAACUUACUUAGUUUAUUAUUAAUUAUAUACUAAUUAAAUGAUUGAUAGAUUUGUUAUUGAUAUUAAAGAGGCAGUUCAUUAUCCAAUAGUACCUGCUAUAUAUGUUUUUUUGGUAGGAUUAUAUAUUUCAUAAAACUUUUCAUCUAUAAUUGAUAUAGUUGCUGAAAUAAUGGUAUUUGAUUUAGUAGCAGAAGAAGAAAUGUUUAUGGGAUAAUCAAGAUUUGCUGAUUAAGAUAUGCUUGAAUUUGCAAAUAAAUAUAGCAAAGAAAAGCUAAAAUCUGAUUUUGUUGUAACCAAUUAAGGAAGGUUAAAUCCAAUGAAUGAAGGAGAUGAAGCUAAUAAAGCUUUAGAAAAAUUUGAUUUGAAAGAUUUAAUGGAAUAAGAUGAAGAAGAACCUGAAGAACCAGAGAUACCAGAACCUCCUAUUGAAGAACCAAAAGAAAAAUCUGUUAAAAGUGAAGAAGAUGAUCAAUUUGGAAAAGGAAAUGAAUUAGAUUUGGAUGAAUUAGGAGAUAUGAAUAAUAAAAAUAAUGAUGAAUAAUUUGAUGAUGAAGUAUAAUAUUUAAUAUAUAAUUUUAUAGUUAGCAGAAUUUAAUAAAUAAAGAGUACAAGAUGCCAAUAACAAAAAGAAAUUAGAAGAAGAUGUUAUUAAUUUAGAUAAAAACAAAUAAUAAGCAGAUGGUGCAAAAAAGACGGAUAGGAAAAGAUUUUGAA